CGAACAACUCUACUCCAGCUCUACUCUCGACGGCUAUUUUUUUCCUCCAAAUUUUGUUCCUCCUUUUUAUAUCUAAAGGUAAAAGAUCUGGAAAAUCGAGAACGCAGAUCGCGAAACAGGAAAGAAGAAAGUGGAUCGAUCAAUAAAACGGAAUGGCAAUGCACGGGAUGAGAGGUCUCUCGAUUUUCAUAAGCGACAUGCGUAAUUGUCAGAACAAAGAGCAAGAGCGUUUGCGUGUCGAUAAAGAGCUCGGCAACAUACGUAAUCGCUUCAAAAAAGAAAAGGGAUUGACACCAUAUGAUAAGAAGAAAUAUGUUUGGAAAAUGCUUUACAUUUACAUGCUGGGUUAUGAUGUUGAUUUUGGUCAUAUGGAAGCUGUUUCCUUGAUAUCUGCACCAAAGUAUCCAGAAAAGCAGGUUGGAUACAUUGUGACAUCAUGUUUGCUCAACGAAAAUCAUGAUUUUCUGAGAUUAGCAAUCAACACUGUACGCAAUGAUAUAAUUGGUCGAAAUGAGACUUUCCAGUGCCUAGCAUUAACCCUGGUUGGUAAUAUUGGUGGGAGGGAAUUUGCUGAAUCUUUGGCACCUGAUGUUCAAAAGUUACUUCUGUCUAGCAGCUGCAGACCACUUGUACGGAAAAAAGCUGCAUUAUGUUUGCUGCGAUUGUUUAGGAAAAAUCCUGAUGUUGUCAAUGUUGAUGGCUGGGCGGACCGGAUGACACAACUUUUAGAUGAGCGUGAUCUUGGCGUUUUGACAUCUUCUAUGAGCCUUCUUGUUGCUUUGGUAUCAAAUAAUCAUGAAGCAUAUUGGACAUGCCUUCCAAAAUGUGUUAAAAUAUUGGAACGCCUUGCGAGGAACCAAGAUGUUCCACAGGAAUAUACUUAUUAUGGCAUCCCAUCUCCAUGGCUGCAGGUUAAGACAAUGAGGGCUCUUCAGUAUUUUCCUACCAUUGAAGAUCCAAAUACGAGAAGAACAUUGUUUGAGGUCUUACAAUGGAUAUUAAUGGGAACAGAUGUUGUGAAGAAUGUUAAUAAGAAUAAUGCAUCACAUGCUGUCCUCUUUGAAGCCCUUGCUCUCGUCAUGCAUCUUGAUGCCGAAAAGGAGAUGAUGUCUCAGUGUGUGGCUCUUCUUGGGAAGUUCAUUGCUGUUCGUGAACCAAAUAUUAGGUAUCUUGGUUUGGAAAAUAUGACUAGGAUGCUAAUAGUUGCUGAUGUGCAAGAGAGUAUAAAAAGGCAUCAGGCACAAAUCAUCACAUCAUUGAAGGAUCCUGAUAUCAGUAUCUGUAGGCGAGCUCUUGAUUUGCUUUAUGGUAUGUGUGACAUAACAAAUGCAAAGGACAUUGUUGAAGAACUGUUGCAGUAUCUGAACUCAGCUGACUUUACAAUGCGUGAGGAAUUGUCACUUAAGGCUGCCAUUCUUGCUGAGAAGUUUGCUCCUGAUCUGUCAUGGUAUGUGGAUGUGAUUCUUCAGUUGAUUGAAAAGGCAGGAGACUUUAUUAGCGAUGACAUAUGGUUCCGUGUUGUGCAGUUCGUUACUAACAAUGAUGACCUACAGCCUUAUGCAGCUGCAAAGGCGAAAGAGUAUCUUGACAAGCCUGCUGUAGACGAGAAAAUGGUCAAGGUCUGUGCUUAUAUUCUUGGAGAAUACAGCCACCUUCUGGCUAGACGGCCUGGGUGUAGUCCAAAAGAAAUCUUUAGCAUCAUACAUGAGAAACUUCCUUCAGUAUCAACUACCACCAUUCCUCUUCUUCUAUCAGCGUAUGCUAAGAUCUUAAUGCACACUCAGCCGCCUGACCAAGUACUGCAGAAUCAGAUUUGGACAAUAUUCACCAAAUAUGAGAGUUGCAUUGACGCGGAGAUACAACAACGAGCUGUUGAAUAUUUUGCAUUGAGUCGGAAAGGUGCUGCUGUAAUGGAUAUUUUAGCUGAAAUGCCUAAAUUUCCUGAGCGUCAGUCUUCAUUGAUCAAAAAGGCCGAAGAUGCUGAGGCUGACACUGCAGAGCAAAGUGCCCUCAAGUUGCGUGCUCAACAGCAACCUUCAAAUGCUCUAGUUGUAACCGACCAACACCCUUCUAAUGGGGAACCACCACCAGUUUUUGUUGGGCAGCUUAGUGUUGUAAAGGCACCCAACAUGAAUAAUACCGAGGAUCAUUAUUCAACAGAGCAAGUUCUUUCUCAGGAGAACGGAAAUUUAAGCCAAGUAGAUCAGCAACCUCCUUCGGCAGAUCCCCUUAGUGAUCUUUUGGGUCCACUGGCUAUUGAGGGCCCUCCUGGUGCUACUGUUCAAUAUGAGAACAGUGCUGUCUCUGGAUUGGAAAGUGGUCCGGAUGUAGUAGAUGGUUCAGCCAUAGUGCCCGUAGAAGUGGGGACAAAUACAAUUCAGCCAAUAGGGAAUAUUGCCGUAAGAUUUCAUGCUUUAUGCCUGAAAGAUAGUGGUGUUCUAUACGAAGAUCCUUACAUUCAGAUCGGCAUUAAAGCAGAGUGGCGAGCUCAUCAAGGACGUCUGGUUCUUUUCUUAGGAAACAAGAAUACAUCUCCUCUCGUUUCAGUUCAGGCUUUGAUAUUGCCUCCUGCUCAUCUGAAGAUGGAGCUUUCAUUAGUGCCUGACACCAUACCUCCUCGAGCACAGGUGCAAUGCCCACUUGAGGUUGUAAAUCUUCGGCCAAGCAGGGACGUAGCUGUUCUCGACUUCUCCUACAAAUUUGGAACCCAUAUGGUUAACAUCAAACUUCGUCUUCCUGCUGUGCUGAAUAAAUUUCUUCAGCCUCUACCAGUUUCCGCAGAGGAGUUCUUCCCCCAGUGGAGAUCACUUUCUGGACCACCAUUGAAGCUUCAAGAAGUUGUUAGAGGUGUAAGACCGAUGGCUCUUCCUGAAAUGGCAAAUCUACUCCACAGUUACAGAAUAGCAAUUUCUCCAGGGCUUGAUCCAAAUCCUAAUAAUCUAGUUGCAAGCACAACCUUCUAUUCAGAGAAUACACGUGCCAUAGUUUGCUUGGUCAGAAUUGAAACGGAUCCAGCAGACAGAACACAGUUGCGUAUGACCCUCGCUUCAGGUGAUCCCACAUUAACAUUCGAGUUAAAAGAAUUCAUCAAAGAACAACUGGUUAGCAUUCCCACAGUUGCUCAAGCACCUACACCGGCUCCACCUGCAGCUCCACCGACCCCUCAAAUACCACCAGAUGAUCCCGCUGCUCUACUAGCUGAUUUGCUAUGAUGAAAGUAAAAAAUGACCAAACCAGAAGUUUUGUUCAAUAUACACUUAACGAGACUCGGUUUCAACAGCUGGCCCCUUCCCACUUGCCCCUCCGAGGUGUAGACAGUUAAAAUCCCCAAUGCAAGGGCUAACGGAAGCUAAAGACGAGCUACAUAUUUUUUUUGGCUUAGCAAAGAAGGGUCCAGUCCGGUUUCUGUGAUUCUUUCUGCACAAGGAUAUUGAAACCUUGGUGAGUUUUUCUCUCCCUCUUUUCAGUGUCUAACGGGAGUUGGGUUUUUUUUGUUUUUU